AAGAGAGCUGUUAUAUUUGUGCCUGCUAGAGUUGGAAAUAACUGUUCAGGAGCUGAAAAGGGUUGAAUGGAUUUACAGAAGGGUUUUUUUUGCAAGUAAAUUCAUUGCAACACAUUAAUUUGAUUAGUACAUUCUUUAGAAUUACUUUACACUCAAGCUAUUCAAAAGAUGUUAAAUUUAUCACCAGGCUGCUGGACAAAUAUGUAUUACACCACCAAGGUACAGAUCAAGACAAAUCUAUGACUCAGGAUUUUAUCUUGGGAAGAGCGCAAGGUGUAUGAAGAACUCAGAAUAACGAGGGAAGAUAACUCUGGGAACUACAGUGUGUCAGAAGAACAGCUUUUGAUAAUACAGCUCACCACCAAAGACCUGGUUAUCUAAGUUUUCUAUAGGAAUGCCUAGGUCAGCUGACAAAAUACUGGUCUUCUGCUCCAUAAAUGCAGAAAAAACGAUAACAACAGUGGAAAAUUGGAAGUCUGAAUUUCAGCUUUCUUAGAAAUAACUGCAACCUGACACAUUCCAUAAUAUUUAAACAGGGUGGAGGGAGAAAAAUCACCAAAGAUGUUGCGUUUAGAGAUGACACUGACAUGAAGAAUAGGUAAAUUUUGUUUUUCAGCCACUGGGAAAGCAGACCUCAUAGGAACUCAGAACAAGUAGGAGAAAAGAUUUUUUUCAAUUUUUUUUUUUUCUUUGUUCUUUUUCUUAUCAAAGAUGAACCUAACUGCACUCAAAGCUUUCGUGGGCUUGCUCUGGAAUUGCUGGGUUCUUGUGGGUCAUGCACAGGGAGGUUUAGGAGACAAUCAUGUCCAUUCGAGUUUUAUUUACAGGAGGCUGCGGAACCAUGAGAGAAGGGAGAUUCAGAGAGAGAUUCUCUCUAUCCUGGGUUUACCUCACAGACCCAGACCAUUUUCACCGGGAAAGCAGGCUUCUUCUGCACCCCUCUUUAUGCUGGACCUGUAUAAUGCCAUGACAAAUGAAGAGGAUACUGAGGAGCUGGAAUAUUCACUGAAGGGAUCAAUGGCAGGGGAGAGCAGAGGAAUACGGAAAGGAUAUCCUGCCUCUCCAAAUGGAUAUUCGCGGAGAAUACAAUUAUCUCGCAUGACCCCUCUGACCACACAGAAACCUCCCUUAGCCAGCCUGCACGACACCAACUUUCUGAAUGACGCUGACAUGGUCAUGAGCUUUGUCAAUUUAGUUGAAAGGGACAAGGACUUCUCCCACCAACGAAGGCACUACAAAGAGUUUCGCUUUGACCUUACUCAAAUCCCGCAUGGAGAGGCAGUGACAGCAGCCGAAUUCCGGAUAUACAAAGAUCGAAGCAACAGCCGCUUUGAGAACGAAACAAUUCAGAUUAGCAUAUAUCAGAUCAUCAAGGAGUAUCCAAACAGGGAUGCAGACUUGUUCCUGUUAGACACAAGAAAGGCUCAAGCUUCUGAUGUGGGCUGGUUUGUAUUUGACAUUACUGUGACCAGCAAUCACUGGGUGAUCAAUCCACAGAACAAUCUGGGCUUGCAACUCUGUGCUGAAACCGCGGACGGUCGAAGUAUCAAUGUUAAAUCUGCUGGCCUGAUUGGAAGACACGGGCCUCAGUCAAAGCAACCAUUCAUGGUUGCGUUCUUCAAGGCAAGUGAAGUGCUUUUCCGUUCCGUUCGAGCGGCUAACAACAAAAGGAAAAAUCAGAACCGCAACAAAUCCAGUAGUCAUCAGGAGUCUUCUAGGAUGCCAGGUGUUGGGGAUUAUAACACAAGUGAGCAAAAGCAAGCAUGUAAGAAACAUGAACUUUACGUGAGUUUCCGAGACUUAGGAUGGCAGGAUUGGAUUAUUGCACCAGAGGGCUACGCUGCCUUUUACUGUGACGGAGAGUGUUCUUUCCCCCUCAAUGCCCACAUGAAUGCAACAAACCACGCCAUUGUUCAGACUCUGGUUCAUUUGAUGUUCCCUGAUCAUGUACCAAAGCCAUGCUGUGCACCAACAAAACUGAAUGCAAUCUCCGUGCUCUACUUUGAUGACAGUUCCAAUGUUAUUUUAAAAAAAUACAGGAAUAUGGUGGUGCGUUCAUGUGGCUGCCACUAGAAUAAUAAUAAAAAAAAAUAAUCUAAAGCAGAAGGUUUUAUUCAGAAUUGUAAUAAACUCAAGAUAUGAGCCUUACUGAUGAAAAGGCAGUCCUAAAUUUAUUCCAUUUCAUGUCAUCUCUCAUUUAAAUGUACAGUGCAAUGUAUAUAAUAGCUUUUAUUUAUUUAAAAGUAUAUAGUUUCUUUUGUAUGAGCAAAAUUUCAAAACCAUUUAUUUUAUGGGUCACCUUACUAUGCAGUAGAAACUAAUUUGUCAAUUGACCGUACUGGAAUCUAUUUCAUUUCAUUUCAAUACUUUUAAGUAAAGCCUUUGUAUAGAUUCUUCUAAAGGUAGAAACUUCAGAACUUCUGUAACUGCUUCAUAUUGUUAAAGGAACUAAAAUAUGUUUGGUCACGUUGUGUCAAUGAAAACUGUGGUGGGGUAUUUAUUUAGAAAAGGCACAGAGAAGAAUCUAAACACAACUGCUUGGCUAAAAAUAUUUUUUCUUUUACAAGUUCUGCUCCAUUAGAAGAAGUGAAAUGUUGAAUGGUUUUUAAGUAAGUAAAUAGUACAUAGAAAAUAGAAGUUAAAAGAUUGCACAUAAUUGUUAUAACUAUUUUCUUUAACAAGAUGACUGUAACUGGAGGAGUUUGUUACUUCUUGGCUUGUGGGCUGCAGAGCUUGCAAAAGGCUUGAAGCUUCAAGACUCUGGCCUGUAUCUAUGACUUUCCAAGUUAACACUAAAAAUUGAACUACAACAUUCUUACCUCAACUCAUAUCAGUCUAGGAUCUAUUACACUGCUCUGGCAAGUACUUUUAUAACAACAGCACAAAGUAAAAUAGAAAAAAACAAACACACAAGCCUUCCCAUUGCACACACGAGUUGCCAUAUACACAAAACAUACAGAACGCGGGGUAUGGAGGGGCUUUGCUUUACCUAGCUCCUACUUUCGGAUGUAUUUUUCAGCGAAGAUAAAAAUCAUCUUUCAUAAUGACCCCCUGGGUAGUUUGCAGCCUACUUGCUGUCCCAUUUGCUUUUCUACUUUCUCUCGUGCUUUAAAUCAUGAGAUGUAAGAUGGGAUAUCUUUCCUUUUUUUUUUAAUUUUUAGCAGUAACUAUCAUAACUUUGAAAAUUCUCAAAUCCAUCUAAAUAUGUUUUGAUCUCCCUAAAUUUUUGGCCUCAAAUCAAAUCCUGUGGUUGUGAAUUGCAGAGCUAAUUACUCAUUAUCAUUCUCACCACCACUACCCAUAUACUUAUUUUGAGAUUACCAUAUUUCAUGUCUUUGGACAUCCCUUUAUUUUAGAGUUAAGGAAGGGAGAAAUAAAUACUGUUUACUCUUUACAGUGUGCCUAAUUAUCAUAUAUGCCUUUAUCAUUAAUUACAUUGAUUAAAAGUGCUUCAUUUAAACAGUUCUCAGUGUUGUUAAAAAAUUAAUAGGACAUAUCAAUUUCUCCUUAGGAAGUUUAUUCAUGGAAACUCUGACUUCUUCGGUUAUUUAAAGUGUAUGUCAAAAAACUCGAAUUAUUACAGACUGAUAGAUCACUGUGUGUGUUAUUGUGUGUAUGCAUGUGAAUGUGUAACUGCUAUUUUUGCAGAAACUAAUUUAUUUUAUCUUGCUAUUGGAGUAACAUAUAAAUCCCUCUUAUGCAAACACUCAUUUAAAAAAAAAAUAGUACUUCUAAUUUCAGUCUUGUGAGCUCUUUCCCCUCAUACAAUAAUUCCAUUUUACACUUCCAUCUCUAUUUUAUACUGAUAUUACCUACAUAUGUAUUUUUAAUUUCAGUUCAUGCGCAAGGGUGUAUAGCAAAUUAUAAUGUCUCCAACUGAAUUACCAUUUUGGAACAGUUACAUCCUGGGUUGUCUUCAAGAUAUUUACUGGUUUCUGUAUAAUUUGGGUGGAUGGGUAUUUUGUUUUGACUCAAUUUAUUCUAAAUGGAAUUUGAUGGAAACUAAAUUUUGGGUACAUUAAAUAAUAUAUUUUUAAAUGAUGGUGUACCAUUUUAAGAAUAAGAAACUGAAGUUUAUUAUUAUUAUAUUAUUCUUUAAAACAUGCUGUUGGAAUAUAUUUCUAUAUUUUGAGACAUAAUAAACCUGUAAUACUAUUUUAUUCUGCUGUGAUUUUGCUUCUGAGACACGUGACAAAAUUACAAUGGCUUAAUACAUGCUUUUAAAGGUAAAAGCAAGAGAUAACCAAUAGUAAUGGAUAGAUUUUGUUACAGUUCAUUUUUUAAUACAGAUAUAUUGUAAAAUUACUUUUGUAAAAUUACUUUUAUCUUAUUACUCAAGUUGCAGCUAGUGAACCAUCUACACCAUUAAUAAAAAUCAUACUUCCAAAAGUUAAUUCUCCACUCAAAAUAUACUAGAAAGUAGAAACAGAUUUAAAAAUCUCCAUAAAACCCUAACUGGUCACUCUUGUGUUUGAAAGAAAGGAUAUUGGCACCACGUCCUCUGCAUGCUCAGGAUAAGUAUAUACAUGUGUUUUAAAGUAAAAUUGUUCAUGUAAAGCCUUCUCCAGGAGUACUUAAUACAAGGCUUUUUGUUCUUUCACUAGGUCCUAUCAAAUGUCUGUUAUUUUAUAAACAUUUAUACAUAAUAUAUGCAUGCAUAUAAUAUAUAAAUCAUAUAGUGUGGAUGUAACUACAUUAAAUUAUAUUAGAUAUAUACCCAUGUAUAUAUAGCUAUAUUUAUUUCCGUAGUUACAAAGACAAAUCCAUUAUUGGUUAGGACGUGAGAGCCUUAUUCCUUCUAGGCUUGUUUAAGCUUUCUGCAUCCUUAACAACAGGAAAGUCUAAAGGACUAACAAGCAGGAAAGCAGAAGCAGUUCAGUACAGGAUUAAUGUUAUCUUAUGGGUCAGAAUUUCUUAAUCAUUAACAUAUUCAUAGCGUUAACACCAUUCUACACUUUUGGGGUCAAAAUCAAAUGUUUACUGGAUGUUACUAGUGACCACUUCUAUGGCUUAGGAGUAUUCAUCCAGUGGAAGUCAGAGUCAGUGUGAAUAGCAUUGCAGUGGUGAUUUAAUCUCCCUUUAAAAGUGUGCAGUUCUCCCAGUUUGGUUUUGAUGCCCAAGACAAGGUGAGUUCUGACUGACUGAAACGUGGAGCGUUUCUGAGUUCUGUGAUAUGCUCAGCUGUGAACCCACAUAACACUCUUCCUUCAGUUAGACCUCCUGAUGGGCAUCUCUCCUUAGUCUGGAUGCCCAUUUCCACGAAAUAUUUAAAGCUGAGUUUUUCUGAAUUUUGCCAAAGGUUUCAAAUUCAUUAAUUAGACAGCAGUGGUGGGAGAUGUUUGUUCAGAUUGCAUUAGCUCUUAUUUUGAUACCAGAUCACGAUGAAAGUUAAAUUCAUAUAAUGCUGGUUAGAAGCUAACAACGUGGCCAUAUAUCCGAUCAGUACAAAACUCAGCCAGAUGUAGCUCAGGUAAACAUUAGCAAACAAAAAGGAUGAUCUUUCCUUCUCCUGUUGUACAUCCAUCUGAAGGAUAUCUGAAGGAUGUCUAAAGGGACACCUGACUGAUAUGUUCUUUACAACUCUUGCUUUUGCAGUGGCCCAUUUAGAUUUCUAGGUAAAUACACGUUUGUGUUGAGUCAUUGUGAAGGUAAUAUAAAUGCAGCCAUAUGAAGAGUUCAGGUACCUGCAGGAAGAGGCUAAAUAGGACUGCAUAGCCGUUUAUUUUGUAUGUUGGCACCUGCAGGACUGUAAAACAUUACUUACUCUUUAUAUUCUGAUGGAACUGAGACUUUCCUUAAGGACAAUAUAAAGAUAAUGCAUUUUUGGAUU